CGAUUUAGUUAUCCAAUAAUAGGAAACAGUUCGCACUAAGGAAUAGCGCCAUGAAGCUUUCCGAUGGUUGUACAGCCUGCUUGUUGGAAAGCACCGGCAAUUGCUCCGUUACAUGACUCUAUUUCGUUCGCUGAUUCUCUUAUGAGGCGAAAGCAAAACGUCAUCAGUCACAAGAGCACAGAGACGCUUGAGCAUGUCGGCCCAGCAAAUGCCCUCCCCUUUAGCCGGGGCGCAAUGGAUCUGGGCACCCAACAUCGACGACAAGGCCGAAACCCCAUCGCAAUUUGUCCUGUUCAGAAGGGCGCUAAGAUUGGACGGACCGCUGCCUCCAUCGUGUAUCGUGCAUGUCUCGGCCGACACUCGCUACCGACUCUUUGUCAACGGGAAUCGCGCCAGUUUCGGCCCCUGCAAGAGCUAUCCGGCACGAUGGUACUACGAAACCGUCGAUAUCGGCCCCUUCUUGAAGACGGGUGUGAACGUUCUGGCCGUGAGGGUGUUGCGGUUGUCUCCGGAAACCUCCAGCGCGACGUCCAUCAUGCGGACUAGCAAGCCUGGCAUGAUACUGCACUGCACAGCUGGCAACAUCAUCAUUCAUUCAGACGAGAGCUGGAAAACGUACCGCGACGGGUCGGUCCAUCUCGUUCCGAAUGCUGACUGGGACUUUCGGCUGGGCCCGCCUUUCGUCUCGCUCUGGGAGAGAGCCGAUGGAAGACUGAAACCUCAUGGCUGGCUCGACGCCAGCUUUGAUGACACCAAGUGGCACAAUGCAGUUCCAUCCACCAUGGCGGCCAAGAUGGCCCCUAUACUAGACUCGAGAAAACUCAUUCCGCGCUCCAUUCCGGCCCUGCCCGAGAUACCAUCCACCUUUGACGGCGUUGUGUGCUGCGCAGGAGGGCCCACCAAGACAGAGUGGGAAGCUCUUUUAGACGGAGGAAAACCGAUACACAUCGAACCCCAGUCGACAGUCACCGUUGACAUCGAGUCAAACGAGUUGACCACCGGUUUCUUUGAACUGUCCCUGGACCAAGACGGCCAAGGCAGCGCGACCAUCACCAUCCUCGCCGCUGAAUGCUACGAAGGUGACAUGGACCAGGGCGUCGCUCGAUCCAAAGGCGACCGCACCAACUCCCAGCACGGCAAACUCUACGGCCCAGCCGACACCUACAUCUCCCACCCGGGACGAAACGACUACUCCCCCUUCUGGUGGCGCGCCUUCCGCUACCUCCGCCUCACCAUCACACCCACCACAUCCCCGCUCACCCUGCGCUCCUUCCGCUACCGAGCAACCCACUACCCUCUCCCCAUCACCACCACCCUCACCGCCACCACGCCCUCUCCUCACUUCACGAAGUUAUCCCAUCUCUGGCAGGUCUCGGUAACCACCCUCCGCAACUGCAUGCACGAAACCUUCGAGGACUGCCCGUACUACGAACAAAAUCAAUUCGCCAUGGACGCCCGCCUGCAGAUGCUCUUCUCCUACGCCCUGUCCUCCGACGGCCGCCUCGCGCGCAAGACGAUCUGCGAGUUUGCUGCGAGCCGCCGCGACGACGGCUUGCUCGAGGCCCAAUUCCCCUGCGCACCAUGCCGCAUGACGGGUAUCCCCGCUUUCUCGCUGUACUGGGUUUUGAUGGUGCGUGAUCAUUGGGUGCAGUUCGGGGAUCGAGGGCUGGUGAGGGAAAGUUUUGGGGUGGUGGACGGGGUGUUGGAGUACUUUGCGAGGCUUGUGAGGGUGGGAGAUGGGCUGGUGGGGAGGUUGGAGGCGGAAGGGGAGGAGGAAGCGAGUUGGGCCUUUGUGGAUUGGGUUGGGGAGUGGAAGACCCCCGCGGAGGGGUUCAAGGGGAUGGCAGUGCCACCGGCGUAUUUCAAGUGCGGUGCUGCGACAGUGCAUAGUCUGUUGUAUGCCAUUGCUUUGCAGAGCGCGGCCGAGUUGGCCGACUGCACGGGUCGGGGCUGUGUGGCGGAUGAGUAUCGCUCUCGAGCGGCAGAGCUGAACUCGGCGGUGCGACGGCAUUGCUUUGAUCCCGAGACAGGGUUGUUCACCGACGGGCCCGGAUCCAAGGACCGGUCGCAGCACGCGCAGGUGCUGGCUGUGCUUUCUGGAGCGGCGUCUGCGGAGGAGGCACCUGUCCUCAUGCGCAGGGCCGUGGUGGAGCGCGAGCGACAUGGGAUUGCUCGCACAUCGUUGGCCAUGGCCUUCUAUGUCUUUCGUGCGGCUUCCCUUGCCGGCGUGUACGAGGAGCUCUGGGACGAUAUGAUCAAACCGUGGGAGGUCAUGCUGAGCCAGAACUUGACCACUUGGGCCGAGUUCGAGACGAAUCCUCGCAGUGACUGCCAUGGAUGGAGCGCCACGCCUAUCUACGAGAUUGUCCGCGAGAUUGUUGGCGUCAAGCUUCCAGAGGGGGACAUCGACGGGGCAGUGGUUAUUCAGCCUCGGGUUAAGAUGGUCCCUGCGUUGAAAGGGUCGUUCGUCGCAGGCGGAGGCCGGGUGCUCGAUAUCUCUUGGAGCGGUGGAUCGCUAUGCCUUACGAGUUCUGUUGACAUGGUUGUUGAGCUUCGCUUGGGCAAGGGGAGCAGACUGUUCGCGCUGGAAAGAGAUUUAUCACUGCAGACGUCGUUGGAUGCUAUCGAUAUGGAGUGACCGGACUGAGUCAGGAGCUCAUCUAGCCUCCAGUUCAACAAGCUUGCAAUACUGCUUGAGACGGACACUGUUUCGCAGUGUGGUUUUACAUCUCUGCCUCAUGGGCUGUUCAGGAGUCAACCUUGUCAACGGACGGAGACAUUUGAGGACUGAGAGGCCAAUGUGUGGCGUGGCUAGAAGAGAACCUACCGGGUACCUGGUUGGUAGCAGUCAAGUCGAGAACUUGGUUUCCGUGGCGCCGUCUCGACUUUGGCAGUCAAUUGGAUAAUGAGUAAGUAGAAUAAACUAGUGGAUUUGGG